AUGAAAGCGAGUUAUCCUUUAGGUUCCCUUCAAGAAGAAAAUGAACGGCUUCAAUCGACAGUAACAUUUCAGCAACUGUCUGAUAAGGAUAGUAAGAUUCAAGAACUUCACGCUGUUAAUGAGGAAUUACAUAACAAUUUCCUACAAGCUUGCCUUAAAACUUCGGUUGAAAGAUUAACCUUUCUUUAUGUAUCCAUUGUAUAUAUACACUAG